AGACUCAGAGCUUGCCAGACUACCUGUUUUCUGGCAUAAUAACCUUAAGCUUGAAUGUUUAACACCUUGAUGGGAAAGGUGUCUCAUGGAAUGUUUUCUCAUCCUUUGAAUACUCUUCAUUUCAGAAGCUUUGCUUCUGCUACAAUCAAACAUGGCACUUAGUGUGCUAAGUAGGAAGGAGAAAGAAAGAGUAAUUCGCAGACUGUUAAUACAGGCUCCUCCAGGGGAAUUCGUAAAUGCCUUUGAUGAUCUCUGUCUGCUCAUCCGUGAUGAAAAACUUAUGCACCAUCAAGGUGAGUGUGCAGGCCACCAACACUGCCAAAAAUACUCUGUACCACUCUACAUUGAUGGAAAUCCAGUACUCUUGUCUCACCACAAUGUUAUGGGCAAUUACCGAUUUUUUGACUAUCAAAGCAAACUUUCAUUCAGAUUUGACUUGCUUCAAAAUCAGUUAAAAGACAUCCAGAGUCAUGGUAUCAUUCGGAAUGAGACAGAAUGCCUGAGAACUGUUGUUCUGUGUGCUUUAAAACUGUACGUGAGUGAUCACUACCCGGCAGGAAAUUGUAACGUGCUGAGAAAAUCCAUCAAAAAUAAAGAGUUUUUGAUAGCUUGCAUUGAGGAUCACAACUACGAAACAUGCCAAUUCUGGAAUGGUCUUUGGAAAUCUAAAUGG